GAUGAUUAUCAUGAGACUCAAUAUGUGGCGCUACCACAAGAUCAAGGAGCUCCUUGGCCGCAUGGACAAGCGUUGCAUCAACAUCACGGAGCGCCUGGAGGUGCACCGCUGGGUGGCACGAUGCAACAUUGUCUAUCCCAUCUACCAGUUUAUGUACACCGCCUAUACGCUAUCGACUUUUUUCACGGCAAUCUUUUCGGGAGUGCUGCCAUUUCACCUCUACAAUCCAUUCAUUGAUUGGCGCGAGAGCACAAUGAAUCUUUGGAUAGCUUCAGUGCUGGAAUUAAUACCCAUGAACGGCAUAGUUAGUCAAACAUAUAUGAUGGAUGUGUUUCCCCUUCUGUACGGUCUGAUUCUACGGUGCCACGUAAAGCUCCUCAGGCAGAGAAUCGAGAACCUUUGCUCGGACCCUCGUAAGAGUGAUGAUGAAAACAAUGAGGAUCUUAUGUUUUGUAUCAAGGAUCACAAACUUAUUCUUGAAUACGUCUCUGUAAUGCGUCCUGUGAUCGAAACUAUCAUCUUUGUGCAAUUCCUGCUUAUCGGUCUGCUCCUGGGGAUAACCAUGCUCAAUCUUUUCUUCUUUGCCGACUUCUGGGCAAAGUUGGCUAUAGCGGCGUAUAUAAAUGGCCUGAUUAUUCAGACAUUUCCCUUCUGCUUCACAUGUGACCUCUUGAAGGAUGACUGUGAGUCCUUGGCCUUCGCCAUAUUUCACUCCCACUGGAAGAGCUCAAGUCGUAGAUAUAAAUCUUCGUUGAUUUACUUCCUGCACAAUGCCCAGAUGCCGAUCUCUUUCACCGCCGGAUCUAUAUUCCCCAUAGGCUUGAACACCAACAUCACCGUUGCCAAGCUGGCCUUUUCGGUGGUUACAUUUGUGCAGCAGCUGAAUAUAGCUGACAAACUAAGGAAGGAAUAGGGUUACAAAAACGAAAUACGAAUAUUUAUCAAAUAUAUCAAAUAUCAAUAC